AAAAAAAAGAAGAUGACCCAUCUUCUUUGUUAUUUAAUAAUUGCUUUUGGUUUUCUUUUUUGCUUAUUACUAAAUAGUAAGUCCAUUUGCCAAUAAUUUUCUCUUUCUUUCACUAAAGUCUGAACCUUUACCCUAAUCAUUUCUCCCUCUCUCUGUUGUUUAUUUUUUCUUUUCUUUUAUGUUCCGUUCCGUUCAAAGCCCAUCUCCGAGAUCCUUUGCUUCUUCUCAUUCUUUCACAUUUUCUUGAAAAUUUUGAAAAAGAAAAAAAAAAAGAGCUAAAGGAACUAGCUUGGUAGUAAAGACUGAAGGGAAGGCUUCAGAUCUAGGAGAGCUAAGGUUGUUCGAGGCAAUGGAGACAUGCCCAAGUCUGUCUUGGUCUCUUGGUCUCUCUUUGACUUGAGAAACACUUAUUAAUACCCCUCUCUUUUACUCUCUUCCUUCUUGCUUUUCUUUUCUGUAAGCCUUUUCAUUUGACCUCUGCAUCUUCCAACCUCUGCUUCAUUUUUGUUGAGUUCUCUUGGUUUAUUGGGUACUUCAAAGCCCACCAAGAAACUUGCUUCUACUUCAAUUUCUAGAGAGAGAAACAGAAAGUAGGUGAGAGAGAUCUGUGGAAAAUGCUGGCUCUUGGAAGUCCUACCAUCAGAGUCCGUACAAGCACCAACUGCAAUGUUUUACUCAAAGAGCUUCAGCAAAUAUGGAAUGACAUUGGUGAGAGCAAAGCAGACCAAGACCGCAUGCUGUUGGAGUUGGAGAGGGAAUGCUUAGAUGUUUACAGGAGGAAGGUUGAUGAAGCUGCCAAUGCCAAGGCACGCCUUCAUCAGUCUGUUGCAGCCAAAGAAGCUGAGCUUGCAACUCUAGUGGCUACUUUGGGGGAACUCAAUAUUGAUUCACCGAUACAGAGGGAGAAGCAAUCAAAUUCAUUGAAAGAGAAACUUGCAUCUGUAGCACCACUUGUGGAAGAUCUAAGAGUGAAGAAAGAGGAAAGAAUGAAGCAAUUUUCAGAUAUAAAGGCGCAAAUUGAGAAGAUCAGUGGGGAGAUAUCCGGAUACAACCAUCUCAACAAUGCUCCAGUCAGUUCGUUAACCCUGGAUGAACAUGACCUAUCAGUGAGAAAGCUAACUGAAUAUCAAGCACAUCUUCACACUCUUCAAAAAGAGAAGUCUGACCGCCUUCAUAAGGUUUUGGAAUGUGUAAAUGAGGUUCAUUCUCUUUGCGGUGUGCUUGGCUUGGAUUUUGGCCAGACUGUAAGUGAAGUGGAUCCUAGCUUGCACAGGACAAGCAUAGAACAGUCCACAAACAUCAGCAAUAGCACAUUUGAAGGCCUAGAACAGACCAUUCAGAAGUUGAAAACAGAAAGGAAAGCUCGAAUCCAGAAGCUAAAAGAUAUUGUAGCGUCACUCCUUGAACUUUGGAAUUUGAUGGACUCAUCAAGAGAAGAAAGGAGUAAAUUUUCAAGAAUUACUUUAAUUCUUGGAAAUUCAGAACCAGAAAUUGCAGAACCAGGCUUUCUUUCAACAGAUGUUAUUGAACAGGCAUCGGAAGAAGUGGAGAGACUCACUGAAUUGAAAGCAAGCAGAAUGAAAGAACUUGUUAUGAAAAGGAGGUCAGAAUUAGAGGAAAUGUGCAGAAUGGUUCAUAUUGAACCUGAUACAAGUACAUCUGCUGAGAAAUCAAAUGCAUUGAUAGAUUCUGGUCUAGUAGAUCCAUCUGAACUUCUGGCAAACAUAGAAGCACAGAUAGUCAAAGCUAAAGAAGAGGCUCUGAGCCGGAAAGAAAUAAUGGAUAGGAUAGAUCGGUGGCUAUUUGCAUGUGAAGAGGAAAAUUGGCUCGAAGACUACAAUCAAGAUGAGAACCGGUACAGUGCAGGGAGAGGUGCUCACAUUAACCUUAAACGAGCAGAACGAGCUAGAGUGACUGUAAACAGAAUUCCAGCAAUUGUUGACAAUUUGAUAAACAAAACGCUGGCCUGGGAAGAUGAGAAAAAGAUGUUAUUCCUUUAUGAUGGGGCACGACUGGUGUCGAUACUGGAGGAUUACAAAGUGAGCAGGCAGCAAAAGGAAGAGGAGAAGAAGAGAUCUAGGGACCAAAAGAAGCUCCAAGAUCUGCUCCUCACAGAGAAAGAAGCCAUGUAUGGGUCUAGACCUAGUCCUAGAAAAAGUACCAGCUUUAGGAAGCCAAAUGGAUAUCGCUCAAAUGGGAAUGGAUCAAUGACCCCUACACCUCGUCGGAAUUCAGUUGGCAGCGGAACUCCUGAGCUCUUAACACCCCGAUCUUACUCUGGGCGGCAAAAUGGAUAUUUCAAGGAAAUGAGAAGAUUGUCUACUACACCACUGAACUUUGUGGCCGUCUCAAAAGAAGAUACAAUGUCAUAUGCAUCUGUUUGUGGUUCUGUGCUGGGAUCGCCCCCUCAUGAUUGAUCUUAAUUAUUGGAAAUGGAACAGGAAGCUGUUACAAGCUAGACGAACUUACACUCACUUAAAGCAGCAGAAACCUUGUGAAUAUGGAGGGGGUUACUAGUUUAUGAUUGUAAUUUCUUAGGAUUACAUGGAAAGAGAGGUGACGACUCUGCUAGGUAAUAGGUCUUGGAAUUACUCGUUAACUUUAGGACUUGCAAGUCAAUAUAGAGGAACUAAAUAUGGGAGUGUUAUAGUAGUGUUGUUGACCAUGUCCCUUGUGGAUUUUGCUUGUGUUUCACGGUUUCACGUGUAUAUAUGGAGCUCCACUUUGGUGGCUACCAUUACCCGUUUCAUGUGGGUGAAUCUGGUAUAUUUGGAAGAUAUGGAUGUUUGUAGAAUCUUAGUAGUGAUGCUGCUCCUGGAAAAGAAAUAGUGAAGAAAUCUGUAAUCUCUGCAAUUUGUUCAAUUUGUCUCGCUACCCAAAGCAAAGCAAACCCUGGGAAUCUGUAUGCAGUGAACAUGCUUUUCUGUUUGUUCUUGUUCAA